AUGGCGGCGAAGGUGCUCCAGCUCCGUAGCUCCGAAGGCAAGGUGCUCGUCGCUCCGGCGUGGGACUAUCGCCCGGCCGCCGCCCAAGCCCGCCCGCUGGAGAUGCGGGUGCCCUCGCGCGCCCUCGAGAGGGUGCUCCAGUACUGGACCAAGCACAGCCUUGCCAAGGCCACCGGUGAGUCCCGGGAGUCCCUUGCCUGCUGGGACGCCGACUUCCAGCGCCGUCUUGGGGAAGACGGCCUCGCCAAGGAGGCCGCCGCAGCCGUCCAAGAACUCCGCCGCCACGGCGUCCACCAUGGAGGGCGUCCCCGUCGCCACGCCGCCACGGUCGCAACUGCUGUCGCUGCUCCAGCCACCGCCACCCGUGCUGAUCCCGUUCGUGCCUGGUGCCAAAUCGUUCACCACCUCAAGGGUGUCGACCACGGAGAACCUAGCCCGGCGCCGACGGCGUCCAUCGCUUUCCAUGCCUCCGAUAUUGCCGUCGCCACGCGCCCUCGGCCUGCCACCACCUUGCCGGCCGCUGCUGGUACUGAACCUGUUGGUGUCCGGUGGGGUGGCCACGCCAUGUUGCCUUGUGGGCAACUGGUGGAAUAG